CUCGUGGAGAAUGUAUGCGGCGAAGCAAGGACAAAGCGAAGCUGCGCUUGCCUAGAAGAGCGAGAGGUGAGAUUGGGCAAACGCCCCUGCUCAGACUCAGAACCCUUCCAGAAAUCUAUCACUGCGUCUUCUAGCCCUGCCUAGCACCUCCAAGUAUGGCCGAACCACCUGCACCUACCGGUCCGGGGCCGACGACAAGGGACUUGGAGGCUGCGAAGGCAUUCGGCCUUUCCGUAAACGGAUUGACACCAGUCGACAUCGGUAAAGUUGGACUUCCAGGCGAUCUCUAUCUUACACAUGGCGAUGUUGGGCCCACCUUACCAGCAAUGCCAGAUGACAUCCUAUUUCAGAUCUGGUGCGAGGUGGAAGACCCACGCUCCUUGGUCAAGACUUGCCAAAGACUGUAUAGUCUUAGCCGUUUGGUGGAUCUGCGAGCACAGUGGCUGCUCAGUCGCUACGAAGCGUACGAGGUCAUUUACGAAGGCAUCUGCCGACCACGACUCUUUGAUGCCUGGCUAUUGCGAACGCUCCUCAACAGAGGUGCGAAGCUGUCGCGCGCUCUCGUACAGGAGGUGGCAUACCGGUCGGUGUGUCAUAUCGAGCACGAUUGGAAAAGUGAACAAUGCGGCGUGAACCUGCAUUGGGGAACCAAAUUGUCCACUCCGGCAGUAUAUGCGGUCUUGAACGAAGGUUACAGACUAUAUGGUAGCAACGUCAACUUAAAGACACGCGAUAACGACAUCUUCUGUGGCGCUCUCUACGCCCAAUCCGCCAAGUCGUUGGCCGAUCUCAAAGACCUCUUCGAAGACUACAAUACCGCCCCACCAAGUUUAUGCCCCUGCCUGCUUGCGGAAACAUGGCCGUUCGGGCUGGGCUGGUAAAGACUAUGGGAAAAUACGGAACUCCGCCUCAGGGACAUUGGCUCGCAUACGUCACACUUCUAGGACGCCCUGCCCUUGCGCUGCACUUAGCACGGCAGCGC